AUGUCGACAGAAGAACAGCAAGCGGAAGACAAGCGAAGCAGACUGAGACCUCUUUCAUUCUCUGGAUUACCAACUAAAUGUCUAUCACCUAGUAGUGCAAUUGCCCCCAUUCAAUCUUUUCCUAUGGAAAAAUGGAAUAUCACUGAUGUCAACAAUUCCCCAGGAAAGCUGCAGAUAUCGCCUGAAUUAGUUUACGAUUUCACAGCGGAAGACCUGCAAGACAUGGGAGAAAUUGGUAGAGGAAAUUUUGGAAGUGUCAAUAAAAUGCUCCACAUCAAAACAAAUACUGUCAUGGCUGUCAAGAGAAUUCGUUCCACUGUUGAUGAAAAAGAACAGAAACAAUUGCUGAUGGACCUUGAUGUUGUCAUGAGAAGCAAUAAGUGCCAAUUUAUUGUACUUUUUUAUGGAGCAUUGUUUACUGAGGGUGACUGCUGGAUUUGCAUGGAAUUAAUGGAUAUUUCUCUGGAUAAGUUUUAUCGUUUUACACACCAGCGGCUUAAUGAGAAGAUUCCUGAAUCCAUUCUGGGGAAAAUGGCUUUUGCGACUGUGCAAGCCUUGAACUAUUUGAAGGAGAAGUUGGAGAUCAUUCAUCGUGACGUAAAGCCGUCUAAUAUUCUAAUGGACAGGCGCGGGAACAUCAAACUGUGCGACUUUGGUAUUUCGGGACAGCUAGUCGAUUCCAUCGCCAAAACCCGAGAUGCUGGAUGCCGACCAUACAUGGCUCCCGAACGGAUCGAUCCACAGUCUUCCGCACGAGGCUACGACAUACGCAGUGAUGUUUGGUCACUGGGGAUUACCUUAAUCGAAAUAGCUACCGGCAAGUUCCCGUAUCCCCACUGGAACUCUGUAUUCGAUCAGCUGACACAGGUGGUGCAUGGAGAUCCGCCCAGACUGAUCUCUAGCUACAGUAAAAAUCCGACCAACAACUCAAGUUCCAAAAAUGGAAACUUGGUUCAAGAGUGCCCAUUUUCAGAUGAAUUUGUGAAUUUGGUAAACACUUGCAUGCAAAAAGAUGCGAGACAACGACCAAAGUACUCCGAGCUUCUCCUACAUCCUUUCUUGUUGGCUAGCAAGGCAAAACAAGUCGAUGUUAGCGCCUAUGUCGACAACACCCUACAGCGCAUCGAGACCCUCGGUUUGACGGUCGCCGACUUGCAAAUGGAUUAG